GACCCUCCCGCGAGCCGUCUCUGAAACCUGGGGAUGCGCCGAAGGCGAAGGCCAAGGCCCAAGCCGCCGGCAGCGGUGUCGAGGCAGCGCGCGCGCUGCGAAUCGAGGCGGUGUCACCUGCCGAGCGUGUGAAGCAGGAGCUCGAUGGCGUCGCUUGGGCCGCGACACUUGGCUUCCCCCGCGCCUACCUCGCGCGGGGCGCCGAGAUCGCUGAAACCGAGCAGCGCGCCAUCACACUGAAGCAGCUGAAGGAGCUGGCGGGUCAUGUCGAGGAGGUGAGCUCGGGGAAGUUCCUGCGCGACCACAAAGGCAAAGAGGUGGACUGGAACUCUGUGAAUCUCUACGUGAUCAAUGACUGCAUAGUGGUUCCCUUCACGCUGCGUUUCCGCUGUUCCUUUGUGGAGUUGGUCGCGGAGGGGCCGCAGCUGCCGAGGUGGUUCGUGAGCCACUGGUGGGGUACGCCUUUCUGCCAAACUGUUUCCCUACUGGCGUUCCAUGGAGAACAGAGGCAGCUCUCUGAAGCGUCGCCGUACUGGUUUUGCACGUUUGCCAACAACCAGCAUGACCUGUCCAGCCUUAGCGGGACGCUGCGGCAGACGCCCUUUGUCCGGGCAAUCCUCAGUGACGACUGCGUAGGUACCCUGGCCUUGUUGGACUCGAAUGUUACGACCUUCGACAGAAUCUGGUGCGUCCUCGAGAACUUUGUCAGCACGGUUUGGGCACGUGAGGCCGGUGAGUACCUCUACGACAUCGCCGCCUGGCUGCCCGUGGGCUCCGCGCUGCACGGGGGGCGCCCGGUCCCUGCAAAGCCGACUCUCCGGUUGGACUUUGGCCGGAGCCAGGCACGCGAGGUCGUGGACGAUGAGGCCACUGGAGGUGCUUUUCCCCUUCAGGUGGCAGCGCGGGGCGCUUGCGUCAACAUCCGCCUCGCAAAAGCAUCGCGCGAGGAAGACAAGAGGAAGAUCUUGCACUUGAUUGCGGGAACCGCAGAGGAGGACUGGGCCCAGCCACCUCCUGAGGAGUGCGAGGCCUUCGACAGCAUGAACGCGCGCGUGCGGCGCAUGUUUGCAGCUGGGGCCCUCUACCGGGCCGCGCUCCAGAAUGACGCGGCGGAGCUGAAGAG